CUGUAGCAUCACUUACAUCCCUAAUGAUCUGUGCUCUAUUGACGUUGUGAUCUAGGAUAAACUGAGAGGCAGUGACCACUCCACUUCUGUUAACUGCAUUGUUUGGAUGCUGCCUAUUCCUCUUUGAACCUUUAAAAUGCAGACAUUGCUUCCAUGCAAUGUUCAUAGCAGUGAGAUCAAAACGGUCCAUAGAUUAUAUUGUAAUAAUUUUCACAUGAAGUAUUGUUUAUUUUUUAGUGUGCUUUUGCUGUUAAUUAUUUUGCUCCUUUUCAUAGUCUAUCCAUUAUUUUUGAUAAGUGUCAACAACAUUUCCUUUUUGUGUGGCUUGGUUUAAAAAAUAAAAAAGGAAUGCUUUGCGGGCAUUCCUCUCACAGCUGCCCAGUUUGCACCCCAGAUAUUUCUUCCUUAUGGUCAUCCCUAUCAACUCACUUCCUGGAUGUAAUAACGGUGAUUAAUACUAAGGAAGUCGAGGAAGGAUCCCCAUUCCACAAUGUCUGCAGAAUUCUCACAAAAAAUCUAUCCCCAGUCAAGAUCAGCAUCUGUGUGGACUGCAGGUUGCAAAAAGGGGAAGGAAAUACCUGCCACGGCUGUAGCCUUUGGGGUCCCCAUUGCUCUCCUUCCUCCACCAUCAGCCUCCUCUGGGAUCUCGAUGAAAGCGAAGCAUGCAAGGCCUGAGCCACAGCCUGAACAUGGAUCAUAGAACAAAAAUUUGGAGACCUCUGCUCCAUGACAGGAGCUUUGAUGCAAACAGCACACAGAGCUGUUCAACAUUGGAACAGACUCCCUCCGAAGGUGACCAUGUGUCAUGGAUGCUUCAGCUUCACCCUUUCUUAAGAGAAAUCCGGUGUCUGAAUACUUCCAGAGGCAGGCUAUGCUUGGAUGAGAACUGGGAGCUACCAGCGGACUUCGAUAUUAUGAACUGGGCGAUCUAUCCCAAUAAGUCUCAUGACCUUGUGAAAAUUGGGAAUAUAAGGAGGGAGACGUCUGCUGGCAUAAAGUUCACCAUUAACCCAGAAGCCAUUGAGUGGCCCAAGAAAUUCAACAAGGCCGUACCUCGUUCCAGGUGUACAAAAAGAUGUCGACCUGGAUAUGCCAAGGUAGUUCUAGAAGGAAAGCCCAUUUGCUGCUAUGCUUGUGCUCGGUAUGCAGAAGGGACCUUCUCCGCCCAGGAAGAUGCAGAACAUUGCACCAAAUGCUCAGAAUAUCACCAUUCAAACAAGGACAGAGAUCAAUGUGUCCCCAAGAUUACCACCUUCCUGGCUUAUGCAGAAUAUUUAGGAAUGGUGUUAGCUUCCGUUGCCCUCUUCUUGUCCUUAACAGCAGGCAUUGUGUUGGGAAUCUUCAUUAAAUACAAGGAAACUCCCAUAGUCAAAGCCAACAACCGGGACCUCUCCUACAUCCUGCUUGUCUCCCUCCUGCUUUCCUUUUUGUCCUCCUUCCUCUUCAUCGGGCGCCCAAGGAAAGAGACCUGCCUUCUCCGACAAACGGCCUUCAGCAUCAUCUUCUCAGUUGCUGUUUCUUCUGUCUUGGCAAAGACCAUCACGGUGGUGCUGGCCUUCCUGGCCACAAAGCCCGGGAACAGGGUGAGGAGAUGGCUGGGCAAGAGUCUGGCCAACUCCAUUGUCAUCUCCUGUUCUGGGGGGCAAGUUCUCAUCUGCACCAUCUGGCUGGGCUCUUCUCCCCCAUUCCCAGAGCCCGACAUGCGCUCCCAGGUGGAAGAGAUCAUCCUGCAAUGCAGCGAAGGGUCUGUGGCCAUGUUCUACGUUGCCCUCGGCUACAUGGGCUUCUUGGCUGCCACCUGCUUCACGGUGGCUUUCCUAGCCAGGAAGCUGCCUGGCUCCUUCAACGAAGCCAAGCUGAUCACCUUCAGCAUGCUGGUCUUCUGCAGUGUUUGGGCGUCUUUUGUGCCCACCUACCUGAGCACCAAGGGCAAGUACAUGGUGGCCGUGCAGAUCUUCUCUAUGUUGGCCUCCAGCGCUGGGCUUCUGGGCUGCAUCUUCCUUCCCAAGUGCUACAUUAUUGUGCUGAGGCCUGAUCUGAACACAAAGGAGCACCUGACAACAAGGAAUUAAGGGGACAUCUGAUUCUUAAAAUAGUCCAUGUUCCCA